GUUCACGACUGGUUCGGUGCCGUCAUUUAGCGAUGUGAUUCUGAAUUUUGCAUCGAGCGAAGUAUCGGACGAUAAUAUUAUUGACCGAAUGAGGGAGAGGGAUUUGAAGAUUUUGUUUUGUGGCGAUGACACGUGGUUACGUUUGUAUCCGGAUCGGUUUUUGGAUGAUUCGGAAGGGACGGUGUCGUUUUAUGUUAAUGAUUACACUGAGGUAGAUGAUAACGUGACACGUUGUAUGGCGAGGAAAUUAAAUAAGGAGAAUUUGGAGGAGUGGGAUGUAAUGAUAUUGCAUUAUCUGGGAUUGGAUCAUAUUGGGCAUUCACUGGGCGGUGAGGAUGGAAUGCUGGAAGUGAAGUUGGUGGAGAUGGAUGUGGUGAUCGAGAGGAUUUAUUCGACGUUAUCGCAGGGUGUAAGCGGAAGGUUAUGGAUGGUGGUGACUGGAGAUCAUGGAAUGACAGAGGCCGGCAGCCAUGGGGGAUCGACUCGGAGAGAGACUUUCGUGCCGAUGGUGCUGAUUGGAGGGGAUGGAACCUUAAAAGAAUCAGACAUUUCAAGUGGAAUAUCGCAGAAAGUGACUAAAUCAAUUAGAGAAGUGGAACAAGUGGAUAUGUGUACAACGUUGGCGUAUAUGCUGGAUUUGGGCAUUCCGACGGGUAGUUUGGGAAUGAAUUUGGUGCCGAGAGUGGCUGGAGGGAGGCGGGGUUCGGGACGGUUAUCAGUUGGUGAUAAGGGUGAUAAGGAUGGUGAUAACGAUAUCAGAAUGGAGGACGCUUUCCAUCUGAGUGCAUUCCCGUCGGAAUAUAGCGAUGAUUUAAUGUGGUGUGUGGAACGUGGUGUGCAGAUGGUACGUGAGGGGUUUUGCUUGGAUGGUGCGAAUGGGGAAUAUGGUGGGAUGGAGUAUGGGGAAUUUUUUGAAAAGUGUGAAAUGAUAAUGGAUAGUGCGCAAAGCCAACUGCUGAAGAGUCAGACCUCGUUUAAUAUGACGCUGAUUUUGGGUGGUGUUUUGGGAUCGGUUUUGGUAACAAUUCUAACGAUAUUAAUUGUGGUGAAGCAUUGGCAGAUUAUAAAUUCAAUUAAUAAUAUUAAUAAUUGGAGUGUAUUGAAGAAAUUAAUUUGUUUGUUAUUGGUUGUUGAAUUUGGUAUAUUUUUUGGAUCGAGUUUGAUUGAAGAGGAACACGACGUGCAGUACUUUUUGCUGACAACGUCUUUAUUUGUGAUGGCUGCGAAUGAAUUACGGUUUAUUUUGGUGGAUUGUUUGAACGAUUCGAAAGAAUGGAAUGGUGGAUUUUUGGUUUGUAAUGCAUCGAAAUGGGUGUGGAUUAAAAGAAGGAGGUUGAUAAUGGUAAUUGGGUUGUUGGUAUUGCAUCGAUUGGGACGAACGUUCACGGAGGGUACGAGAAGGAGGUGGUUAUUGGAGAGAGCGGAGGGGGGUGCGGAUGGAGGUUGAAGAAAUUCCACUCGGCUGAAUUUCUGCGCGAAUUUACUGGCGUAUUUGGUGAUAAUUUCGUUUGUUGUGUACGGAUCGAAGGGGAAUGCCGGAAAAGGGAAAGGGGAUUUGAGAAGCCGGGAAGAGAUUAUUGGUAUUGGACGCGAAGAUCGUAGGAAAUUGCCAAUAUCUGUGGGCAUAUUGGGUGUGUCGUUCGCCCUGGUGUUGUGGCUUAAUUUCGCGAGAGGGUUGGGUGGAUGCGGUGCAGAGGGUGGUGAUGGAAUGUG